AUGCAAGGUGGUAUUAGAAGAAAGAGAGAUUUAUUACCAAGACACCAAAAUGGUUCUAAUGGUUCCAACAAGUCAGGUGGCAGAUUGACCACUCCAAUGAAAAAAAUAUUGUCUUAUUUCACAGCUUUGUUUGUUCUCUUCAUCUUAAUUAGAGUCGCAUUUUCUGAAGAAAACUCAGUUGAUUUGAGAUAUGAAUUAGAUAAUACUGUUAAAACAGUCAUGAAUAUUUAUUAUAAAAAUUACAAUAAAGCAAUUGAACCAGUUUCUGAUGAUGAAAUUACAAGUUCUAAAGAAGGUAAUGCUCCUGCUGCUACUACCGCUCAACCAUUUGGUCAGCAACCAAAUGCAAAGAAAAAUAUUGUAAAUAAGGAUGUUGUAGAUGGUGAUUCUAUCAAGCAAAGAGCAGCUGCUCAACAACAGCAACAGCAACAAGCUCAGGCUCAAGCUGGUCAACAGCAACAGCAACAAGCUCAAGCUCCAGCCGGUCAACAACAAGCUCAAGCUCCAGUUGGUCAACAACAAGCUCAAGCUCCAGUUGGUCAACAACAAGCUCAAGCUCCAGUUGGUCAACAACAAGCUCAAGCUCCAGUUGGUCAACAACAAGCUCAAGCUCCAGUUGGUCAACAACAAGCUCAAGCUCCAGUUGGUCAACAGCAAGCUCAAGCUCCAGCUGGUCAACAACAAGCACAACAACAAGCACAACAACAAGCGCAACAACAAGCACAACAACAACAAGCUCCAAUCGGUCAACAAGCUGCUGCUGGUCAACAAGCUGGUGGUGUUCCAAACGAUUUCUUGAAUAAUUAA